AUGGUCAUUAUAACAAGAGGUAAUAUGAGAUUGAAUUACCAAUUCGAUGGAGUAAGAAAUAGCGUCGAUAGUCCUUUGAUAUGGUUAAUCCAUGGAGCAGGUGGUGACUUGAGUCAUUAUGAUGACUUAAAGACUGUCUUGGUGAAGCAGUCCUAUAGAGUACUCACGUGUGAUAUUCGCUAUCAUGGUCAAUCUCAACCUGUAGACGAUCAACAGACCGAGUUUCGCUUUGUUGAUGCAUUGGAUGAUUUAGACUAUAUCCUAUCACAUCUUGUGCACUCAUAUUAUCCUUCUUCUUCUUGUCGUAUUCCCUUGUACAUCAGUGGACUAUCCAUGGGUGGUGUCCUGUCCCUUCUAUAUGCGUCUAGGUACGAAAAGGAUCCAGAAUGGUCAAAACAACGACAGGUUGAACUCAAGGGUGUAAUUCCUAUUGCAUGUACUGUUCCUGGUCUUUUGCGAUCAAGGGAAGAAUGGAAGAAAUACCAGGAACCUCCGACGCUGAGCAUAAUUCAAUAUUCUAAAAUGGCCAUCGUACAAUCUGCCAAAUUGACCAAGUCUCAAGAAGACAUUAACCGAGCAAUGACACAGAUAUCAGAUCUUGCCUUAUACCAAUGUUUUUCAGAAGUAGCAAACUCACUUUUAGUAGAGCAGGACAUGCCAGUGACUAAGAUACCAAUGCUAUUGAUUAUCCCUGAGCAUGAUGUACUUACAAGACAAGAUAUGGAGGAUCUUUAUGAGAUCAACCAUCAGCGUAAUAUUAAAUGCCAAAAGGUAAUCAUACCAGAUGCACUCCAUAUGGUCAUCCUGGAUCACAGUCAACAAGUUGCCGAUUAUAUUGCACAGUUUUGUAAAGAUUGA